GCGCGCGCACGGUUUCCCGCACGUGGGGGCCGGCCACAACCUCCGGGGCGAUGCCGCUCGCGCCCCGGUGCCGGGCGGUGCGCGCCUUGCUGCGCAGACACUACCGCGAGGUGCUGCCGCUGGCGGCCUUCGCGCGCCGCCUGGGGCCCGAGGGCCGGCGGCUCCUGCGGCGAGGAGACCCGGCGGCCUUCUGCGCUCUCGUGGCCCAGUGCCUGGUGUGUGUGCCCUGGGACGCGCAGCCGCCUCCCGCUGCCCCCUCCUUCCGCCAGGUGUCCUGCUUGAAGGAGUUGGUGGCCAGGGUCGUACAGCGGCUCUGCGAGCGCGGUGUGAGGAAUGUGCUGGCCUUUGGCUUCGCGCUGCUGGACGGGGCCCGUGGCGGGCCACCUAUGGCCUUCACGACCAGCGUUCGAAGCUAUUUGCCUAAUACGGUGACGGAGACUCUGCGCGGCAGUGGCGCCUGGGGGAUGCUCCUCCAUCGCCUGGGCGACGACGUGCUGGUCCAUCUGCUGGCCCGCUGCGCUCUCUACCUGCUGGUGGCUCCCAAUUGUGCCUACCAGGUGUGUGGGCCGCCUCUCUAUGAACUCUCCGCUACCGACAAGGCCCAGCCCACAGUGCCCCGGACCCGCUGGCCCACAGGGCACGCAGGCCGGACAGGCCACCGAUCCACAGGCCCAGUCCAGAACAGCAGCAGCCAGAAGGCCCUGGGCUGGCCAGCCCGAGGUGCAAAGCGGCACCUAGACAACGCAGGCAGAAGUCCGCCUUUGGCCAAGAAGCGGAGGUGCAGCCUGGGCCUGGAGCAGGCCUGUGGGCCAACUCCUGGAAAACCCUGUGGGGUGACACCCCGCCCAGCCGCAGCUGAAGCCGCAUCAUUGGAAGCUAAGUCCAGAACCCAGCACUCCUCCCGUCCAUCCACACUGUGGCCGCCACAGCCCCAACCACAGGUGGAGGUCAAGUGCUUCCUCUAUUCCUAUUCUCGGGGCAGGGAGCAGCUGCACCCCUCCUUCCCUCUCAGCUCCCUGCGGCCCAGCCUGAGUGGGGCCCAGAGGCUUGUGGAGACCAUCUUUCUAGGACCAGUGCCCCUCCAGCUGGGUGUGCCUGGCAGGACACACCGCCUGUCCCCACGCUACGGGCAGAUGCGACCCCUGUUCCGGGAACUGCUGGCCAACCAUGCACAGUGCCCUUACCUUGCUCUUCUGAGGAUGCACUGUCCACUUCAGGCUGCGGCCACCCAGGUGGCCCGUGCCUGUGCCUCAGGGAGGCCAGCUGGGGCUCCUGGGGGGUCUGCAGACCCGGGCCACCUGGCUGAGCUGCUGGACCAGCACAGCAGCCCCUGGCAGGUAUAUGCGUUCCUACGGGCCUGUCUCAGCAGGCUGGUCCCCGCCGGCCUCUGGGGCUCCAGGCACAACCAGCGCCACUUCUUGAGGAACGUGAAGAGGUUCAUCUCUCUGGGAAAGCACGCCAGGCUGUCACUGCGGGAGCUGGCGUGGAAGAUGAAGGUGCGGGGCUGUGCUUGGCUGCGCAGGAGCCCAGAGCUCAUCCCUGAGAAUGGUGCCCUACCUGAUAGCAGCAGGGAUGGGAGAAGGUGUCCAGGUCACCGGUGUGCAGGUACCCACUGUGUGCCUGCAGCAGAGCACCGUCUGAGGGCAGAGAUCCUGGCCAAGUUCCUGUUCUGGCUGGUGGACACCUAUGUGGUGGGGCUGCUGAGGUCCUUCUUCUAUGUCACAGAGACCACGUUCCAGAAGAACAGGCUCCUCUUCUACCGCCAGAGCACCUGGCACAGGCUGCAGAGCGUGGGGCUCAGGCAACUCCUGGAGCGCGUGCAGCUGCGGCAGCUGUCGGAAGCCGAGGUCAGGCAGCACCAGGGCACCCGGCCCGCCUUGCCCACGUCCAGACUCCGCUUCGUCCCUAAGCCCAACGGGCUGCGGCCCAUCGUGAGCAUGGACUGCGUCGUGGGUACCAGACCGCUCCGCAGGGAGAAGAAGGCCCAGCAAUUCACUCUGCACAUGAAGACCCUGUUCAGCGUGCUCAAUUAUGAGCGGGCCCAGCGACCUGGCCUCCUGGGGGCCUCUGUGCUGGGCAUGGACGACAUCUACAGGGUCUGGAGGGCCUUCGUGCUGCGUGUGCGGGCUCAGGACCCGGCGCCCCGGCUGUACUUUGUCAAGGCAGAUGUGACUGGGGCGUACGACACCAUCCCCCAGGACCGCCUCGUGGAGGUGAUCGCCAGCAUCAUCAGGCCCCCGGAGAACACGUACUGCGUCCGCCGCUACGCCGUGGUGCAGCGAGCCGCCCACGGGCGCGUCCGAAAGUCUUUCAGGACACAUGUCUCCACCCUCUCGGACCUGCAGCCCUACAUGCGCCAGUUCGUGGAGCACCUGCAGGACAGGAUUGCGCUGAGGGACGCCGUCGUCAUUGAGCAGAGCUGCUCUCUGAACGAGACCAGCACCAACCUGUUUGACUUCUUCCUGAGGUUUGUACGCAGCAGUGUGGUGAGGAUCGGCGGCAGGUGCUACGUGCAAUGCCGGGGGAUCCCCCAGGGCUCCGUGCUGUCCACCCUGCUCUGCAGCCUGUGCUACGGGGACAUGGAGAACAAGCUGUUUGCCGGGGUGCAGCAGGACGGGGUGCUUCUGCGACUGGUGGACGACUUCCUGCUGGUCACGCCUCACCUGGCCCAGGCCAGAGCCUUCCUCAGGGCCCUGGUCCAGGGCGUCCCCGAGUAUGGCUGCCAGAUAAACCUGCAGAAGACAGUGGUGAACUUCCCUGUGGAGAGCGAGGCCCCCAGCGGCGCUGCCCCACUGCAGCUGCCCGCUCACUGCCUGUUCCCCUGGUGCGGCCUGCUGCUGGACUCGCAGACCCUGGAGGUGUUCUGUGACUACUCCAGCUAUGCUCAGACCUCGGUCAGGGCCAGUCUCACCUUCCAUCGCGGCUCCAGGGUGGGGCGGAACCUGCGUCGCAAGCUCCUAGCCGUCUUGCGGCUGAAGUGCCACGGCCUCUUUCUGGACCUGCAGGUGAACAGCCUCCGGACGGUGUGCGUGAACAUUUACAAGAUCUUCCUGCUGCAGGCCCACAGGUUCCACGCGUGUGUGCUUCAGCUCCCGUUCAGCCAGCAGGUUCGGAAGAACCCCCGGUUCUUCCUGCGUAUCGUCUCUGACACGGCUUCCUGCUGCUACUCCAUCCUGAGAGCCAGGAACUCAGGGGCGUCGCUGGGGGCCAGGGGCGCUGCCGGCCCCUUUCCCUUGGAAGCAGCACAGUGGCUCUGCCACCAAGCCUUCCUGGUCAAGCUGGCUUGUCACCGUGCCACCUACAAGUGUCUCCUGGGGCCGCUCAGAACAGCCCAGACACAGCUGUGUCAGAAGCUCCCUGAGGCCACCUUGGCGGCCCUCAAGGCCGCAGCCGACCCAGCCCUGACCACAGACUUCCAGACCAUCCUGCACUGACCCUGCCUCCUCACUGCCUGGGCAGUGUGGGCUCCGGCAGCCCACACCUGGAUUGUGUCACUGGAGAGGCCAGCCCACCUGAGGCUGCAGUGCUCCCGGGAGCCCCAUGUCCAUGUGGCAGGUGGGCUCUGACCCUGGGCCUGCUUUCUGUGACGGUCGGCCCCUCCCUGGUGUGCUCUAGGAAGCAGAGCCCACCCGCUGAGACCCUCUGAUGACUGGGGGCUCCUUGGGCCUCUGACCUCCCAGAGGCGGCAGGUGGGGCCCAGUGUGGGCAGUCGGAUGUCCAGUGGUUGAGCAGAGCUGCCCUGGCCCACUGUGCUGGGAACCUGGGGCUGUCCUGGGGCCCUGGUGCUCCUGCUCCUCGCUGGCCACACCCCCCCUGGAGCAUCUCCAUCACCCUGGCCACAGCCAAGGUCCACUCCUGAUGAGCUUCUCCCAGAGCAGAGGCCCCCGAGUGCCUCACCACACUGCCCACACCUCUCUUGUCCCCUGGGGCCUGAGUGUCUGGCUCCACCUGCACACCCUGGCUGGAGUGGAGACUCAGGGGACAAGGUGUCCUGCCCAGCCAGACUGUCCCUGGGUGGGGUCCCCACAGGUGUGCCCAUGCUUGCUGUAGAGAACACCCCCUGGAUCUUUGAGUCUUACA